AUGAAGCGGGUUCAGCUGCCGAUUGUGGACCGUUACCAGUGUCAGGACGUUCUCCGAACCACGAAGCUGGGACUCGCAUUUGCACUGGACGAAAGUUACAUCUGUGCGGGAGGGAAGGACGGUGUCGACGCGUGUACCGGAGACGGUGGAGCGGCCCUGGCUUGUCCGGAUGCCUCCGGCAGGGUUCACCACCAGGUUGGAAUCGUAGCAUGGGGCGUCCAAUGUGGGUUGGAAAAUAUUCCGGCCGCGUACACGAAUGUGGCCAUGUUUAGUGGCUGGAUCGAAGAGAAACUUCGGAACGUCCCGGAGUAUUUGCUGUGA